CGCCGGGCUGCAGACGUUCUGGCGAGCAGGCCGGUUGGAGGCUUCGCAGCCAGGGCUCUGCACGCCAGCCCAGCCCCAGGCAGCAGAGCCCGGCUGGCAGCCCGGGAAGGGCUGGGCUGGGUCCCCGGCCCGCCAGCUCUCAUCACAGGGCAAUGCCACGCUGCCCCUGCAGCGGGAAAGGUUGGGGUCGCUGGUCCUCAGGGCUUCUCCACCCGCCAGGCCCUGCCCUGAAAACAAGCCCUCGGCAACUUGUGAGGAAUCCACAGCCAGGCACCCACCCUCCCUGCCCCACCCUCGCCUCCUGGGGGAAAAGGUGCGUUACGUGACCCCCCACCGGCUAGCCUCGGUCCUUACUCCACCAGCCCCUCUGUGGGAAACUGGACCCAGGUGGAGACACCAGAGGUCUCCGUGAGUAUCCAGUCCCCGCACCCGCUUGGGUCUUUGACUCCAUCCACAGGAUUCUCAUCAAGUGGCCUGCACCUCCUGGUUGAUUCCAUCCAAGGACAGGGUGCCCAGUAGCUCGGGCCAGAGUUCUUCUGUCUUUGGAUGGUGCUGUCCUGAAAACGUUUUUCCUCGUUUGAGCUGAAACCUGCAUCUUGUACGACCCACACGUGGGUCCUUCUGACUGGUGUCCCAGCUAACAAAAGCAGGGCGUCCUAAGGCCCUCCAUCCAAACUCCCCAGGGCAGCUUCGCCAGAAGCUCUGAAGGUCCCCCAGUCCCGGGAGCUCUGGAUCCCGGAACCAGACGGCAGCGCUGACUCCAGAAGACGGAAUUUCAGAAGCCCCAGGGACACAGAGCCACAGCUGUUCACCGGUGUGCCACUGGUCCCCCCCCCCCGCCCCCCCCCCCCCCGGAAAAGCGUGAAUGGAUUCCUGCAGACCCUCCCCGUUCCUGGGGUCUGGUGGGGAUGGGAACAGCAGUGAGUGCUGGCCGGACGGGCAGCGAGCUCGCCGCUUCAUCCACAGCCGGUCGGUGGACCCGCAGGUGCCCUCGGAGGUGUGGUGUGCAACCCAGCUUGUCCGUGAAGGAAGAGAAGUGAAGGCGCCGCAAACCCCUGGGAGAGGACGAGAGGGCAGUCAAGGGCCGGUGUCGCGUUGGUGGGAAGUGCACACGUCCUGCAGCCGGACCGCCCGCGCUCCACGCUCCGAUGGGCCCCUGCCUCGGGACAGGCGCGCCCGGGCUCUGUGCUUCCCCGACCCCGGCCUGCCUGGCGUUCACCCCAAGGGCUGCAUGCGGUCCAGCCCGGAGUGCCCCCGGCCGCGUGGGCCUUACCAGCCCGCGAGGAGGUUCCUGCCCAGCCUCCGGGCAGAGCAAACACUUCGGGACGGUCGGGGCCGCUGGACUACCUGCUGGGGACUAACUUCCUGCCUCAGAAGAACCACCGUCUUUGAAGAAAGAAUAAGCAGCCGUUCGGAGGCGCUGCCCUCGGCUGCCCGCAGGAGGGAAGCAGGAGCCAGAAGAGCCCCCGCGGCUCCCAGGCCCCACGAGCACAACGGCCCCGAGAACUGGUGGACGGGUGCCCAGGUCAGUGCCGCCCACCGCCCGAGAACGCGUGCGCCGACCGGACAGACCGAGAGCUCCAGGCAGGUAGGCAGUCCGGGCCUGGACCCGGAUCCGGGACAGCUGGUGUCCACGCGCUUGGAAAGGAGGGUCAGGACCCCGCCCGCCCCCACCCUUCAGCAGGAGCCCGUUCUCAGCCACGUGGAUGACCACGGCCUCACCCUCACAGCACAGUCUGUAAAGGAGGCGCUGGGUGGCCGAGGGUCUCAUUUGCCAUCUGCAGAGGCCAAAUGAGCCCUCGGGGGCGCCCUGGACCCCACGUGCAAGGACCCCCGGCCAGGGCAGCCCCCGGCCUGGCGGACCAAGCCCAAGGCUCCGCGGUUACACAGAGUGUGUCCCCGUUUCGGCCUCCGACGGGGGGCUCCGGGGUCAACAUUCCAGUGCCAUAUCCUCAGCGUUUUCUACAAACACCAGGGACGCCCACAGAACCCGCUGAACGGGGCCAUGUCCACCUGGGCUUGAGCACAAGGCCGCUGAGGGUCAGGUCGCUGCUCGGCCUGCUUCUCUGUCUCACCAAGCAGGGUGCCCAUCACAGGGCCUGGGAGGGGCUGGAGGGGCUGAGGGGCAGGUUCUUCAGGGGGCGACAGCUGGACGAGGGGGAGACGUGCCGGCUGGUCCGAGGAGGUGCUUAAGGAGGCUAAGCUGUGGCGCACAGCCCCCACCCCACCCCACCCCCCCUCCACGGUCGGGGAUGCCAGCGACACUGCACCUCCUUCUUCGGCCCUGCAGGGGGCUGAGGUUCGUGUUUGUCCCACGUCAGGACUGCUGACACUGGCCCCGAGCAGGCCCAGCCGGCUUCAAGUUAUACGCGGACCAGACAGGAAUUAGGACCCGGCUGGAAAUCAACCGCUGGUGGUGGGUGUGACCGUCCCCAUCCUGCAGCACUGUCCACACGGCCCCACCUGUCCAGCCCCAGCCCCACGCACAACGUGGCUCAUGCACCAGACUCCAGAACACGGAAAGCCAGACACCGCCGGAGACAGCAAGGCACCUAAAAAGCAACAGGUCGACCGGGGAACCACCCGGGGCUCCGCCACUGAGGCCGCCCGGUCUAGUGAGGACGGGAAAUCGCAAUCAGACCCUGCGUCAGUAGGCGUGGCUUCCCCUGCACCGAGCACUCGUCUACACCUGUUGCGGCUCCCUCGCGUGCACACCGUGCCUCGGGCUCCCCUACUCCGACGGGUCCUCGCUCCGGCUCCGGCCACGCCGUGUGGCCCUGUUUGUGUGCAUCUCUCCUGCUCUUAGCUGCUCUCCCCUCCCCUCCUCCAGGGUCUGCCUCCCCGGUCUAUCUGCGGAGGCUCCUUCUGUGUGUGUGCACGACGUCAGUCACCUGCAAGUCGGCAUCCGGACCGUCGUCGUCCCGGCACCUGGGCGGACAGCUCGUUCCCCGCCCUCCCCUUCCCUUUGUGGUGUCUGAGCUCUGUCCGCAUCGAUAUUUGCAGAUUUGCCUGUAGCCCCGCGUAAUACUUCACAGCACGAAGCCACCUCCCCUUGUUGUUCUGACCCCCCCUUCUGACGUUUUAUUAUCAUAUUUUUGAGAGACAGAGCGCGGGUGGGGGAGGGGCGGAGGGAGGGGAACAGAGGAUCUCCAGCAGCCUCAGCGCUGUCAGCACAGAGCCCGACGUGGGGCUCAGACGCACGAACUGGGAGAUCAUGACCUGAGCCGAAGUUGGGCGUUCGGCCGACUGGGCCCCCCGGGGAGCCCCGUUUUCCAGCCCUCUCAAUGGCCACUUAGGACAGCUUCUCGCUGUGCGGACAUCGCCCUGCACUGUGUGCUCUCGUCUGGGAGACUCUGGGGCACACGCGGAGCCCUGGGAUGGUGGGGCGUCAGGAACACGCAGAUUUCCCUAACUACUGCAUCACAAAUCGC